GAAGGCAAGGUCGAGUGAGCAAAGGCAGUUGACAUCUGCCCCCAAAGGGUUAAAAAAACCACUAAAAAAAUAUCAUACACGAAUAAAACUCUCCCGCAUCAGAUGCAUUUUUAGAUCCAGAGAGAGCACGCAGUAUGAAUUUACAGAGGCCAGAUCUGAAGAUCUAGUAGCCCCUCAAUCAUUUCAUCAAUCCGUAGAUUCAAGUUUUAGUAGUAGGAAGGAAUAACAAUAGCAAAAUAAGGAUGGAAUUGUUAAAGAAUUUACCCGAGAUGGAUCUGAUGCGGUCGGAGAAGAUGACCUUCGUUCAGUUAAUCAUCCCCGUUGAAUCCGCUCACCGCGCCAUAUCUUAUCUCGGCGAACUCGGUCUACUCCAGUUCCGUGACUUAAAUGACGAUAAAAGCCCAUUUCAAAGAACAUUUGUUAAUCAGGUAAUCAUUAUAUCAUAUUCACAUAGCUCAAAGCACUUGUUGAUUUCGCUUGCAGAGUUAUCUUAUUGGUAGUGGCUUGCUAGACAUGGUUUUUGGACUUCCAGGCUCAUAUGUUACACGUCAAACUGGAACUUCUUUUCAGAGAGAAGAAGCAAUGAUGGCAUCUGGGGAAUAAGCAUCAGCUUAAUCUGUGCCAACAGCUAUAUAUUGUCUUAUUGUGUUGUUACAACAACACUGUGAUGUAUAUUGAUCAAAUUGUAAAAAGAUGUGCGGAAAUGUCAAGAAAGCUGCGCUUCUUCAAAGAUCAGAUUCACAAGGCCGGGUUACUAUCUUCUGCUCUUCCUACACUGCAACCAGAUGUUGAUUUGGAGGCAUUAGAGAUACAACUUGCUGAGCAUGAACACGAACUUAUUGAGAUGAAUGCUAACAGUGAGAAACUACAACAGACAUAUAAUGAGCUGUUAGAGUUCAAGAUGGUGCUGCAGAAGGCAGGAGGCUUCCUUAUAUCGGGUAAGAGUUAUGAGACAGCAGAGGGCAGAGAAUUAGAUGAGAAUGUGUACCCCAGUGACUAUCCAGAGUCAGCCUCCUUACUUGAGCAGGCGACACAACCUGGACCAUCAAAUUUAGCCGGUCUUAGAUUUAUAAGUGGCAUUAUCCCGAAAUCUAAGGUAUUAUUGUUUGAGAGAAUGUUAUUCCGUGCAACAAGGGGAAAUUUGCUUUUCAAUCAGGCGCCUGCAGAUGACCUGAUCAUGGAUCCUGUAUCAUCUGAAAUGGUUGAGAAAACAGUAUUUGUAGUGUUCUUUUCUGGAGAGCAGGCAAAGACAAAAAUACUGAAAAUCUGUGAAGCAUUUGGUGCAAACUGCUAUCCUGUUCCAGAGGACAUGACAAAGCAGAGUCAAAUAACUCAAGAGGUUCUGUCACGGCUUUCUGAGUUGGAAACCACUUUGGAUGUUGGAAUUCGUCAAAGGAAUGCUGCUCUUCACUCCAUUGGGUUUCACUUAACAAUAUGGAUGAACAUGGUUAAAAGAGAGAAAGCAGUGUUUGAUACAUUGAAUAUGUUAAACUUCGAUGUCACAAAGAAGUGUCUGGUUGGAGAGGGAUGGUGCCCGAUAUUUGCUAAACCCCAGAUUCAAGAGGCACUGCAACGUGCAACAUUCGAUAGCAACUCGCAAGUCGGCAUUAUAUUUCAUGUAAUGGAUGCUGUGGAGUCACCUCCGACAUAUUUCAGAACUAACAAAUUUACAAAUGCUUAUCAAGAAAUUGUUGAUGCCUAUGGUGUUGCUAAAUACCAGGAAGCCAAUCCGGCAGUUUAUACUGUAAUUACUUUUCCAUUUCUUUUUGCUGUCAUGUUUGGGGAUUGGGGACAUGGAAUAUGCUUAUUGCUGGGUGCAAUGGUUCUCAUAGCUCGUGAAGGGAAGCUUGGUUCUCAGAAACUUGGGAGCUUCAUGGAGAUGUUAUUUGGUGGCCGUUAUGUACUUCUCUUGAUGUCACUGUUUUCAAUCUACUGUGGGCUAAUAUACAAUGAGUUCUUUUCUGUUCCUUAUCACAUAUUUGGUUCAUCUGCUUAUAGAUGCCGUGACGCUGCAUGCAGUGAAGCACAUACAGUUGGUUUAAUCAAAUAUCGUGAUGCAUACCCAUUUGGUGUAGAUCCCAGUUGGCGUGGGAGUCGUUCGGAGCUACCUUUCUUGAAUUCUCUCAAAAUGAAGAUGUCUAUUUUGUUCGGCAUUGCACAGAUGAAUCUUGGAAUCAUAUUAAGCUACUUCAAUUCAAUUUUCUUCAGCAGCUCAAUUGAUAUCAGGUAUCAGUUUGUGCCACAGAUGAUAUUUUUAAACAGCCUUUUUGGGUAUCUUUCACUUCUCAUUAUCAUAAAGUGGUGCACUGGUUCUCAAGCGGACCUUUAUCAUGUGAUGAUUUAUAUGUUCCUGAGUCCCUUUGAUGAUCUUGGUGAGAAUGAGUUAUUUUGGGGACAAAGGCCCCUUCAGAUCAUAUUGUUGCUUUCAGCUCUUGUUGCAGUUCCAUGGAUGCUUUUCCCCAAACCUUUUAUUUUGAGGAAACUUCACUCCGAGAGAUUUCAAGGUCGUGCAUAUGGGAUUCUUAGGUCCUCUGAGAUGGAUACCGAUUCCGAGCCCGGAUCUGCAAGGCAUCAUGAGGAGGAAUUCAAUUUUAGCGAGGUCUUUGUACAUCAAAUGAUACAUUCUAUUGAGUUUGUUCUUGGUUCAGUUUCUAACACUGCUUCAUACCUCCGAUUAUGGGCCUUGAGCUUAGCUCACUCGGAAUUGUCCACCGUAUUCUACGAGAAAGUCCUCCUCCUUGCUUGGGGGUAUGAGAACAUUAUAAUUCGAAUGGUGGGACUAGCAGUGUUUGCCUUUGCAACUGCGUUUAUACUACUCAUGAUGGAGACACUAAGUGCUUUCCUUCAUGCAUUGAGGCUACAUUGGGUUGAAUUCCAAAACAAGUUCUACCAUGGCGAUGGUUAUAAAUUCAAACCUUUCUCAUUUGCAGCAAUAGCCGAUGAUGAAGAUUAGUGCAACAACAGUUUUCUCUCACCUUUUUUGGGGAAGGACAUGGCAAAAAGUCGUCUUUUCACCCACCAUCACCAUCACCGCUGGGGCCUUAAAAAGGGUAACAUUAAAGCACAGAAUUUUGGGUAGUAGUUAGAAUUACGGACGAAUGUGCACAGCUUGAAUUAACAUAGUGUUGUAGAAACCAUCUGAACUUGAUGGUAUGAAGGCCCUGCGUGCACAAAACGGUCAUGCCAUUGUUCGUUAGAGCAUCUCUUCUAUAUUUUUCGCAGGGUAAAAGUAGAUGUUGUAAAGAGGGAAUUCAUUUAUAUCGGAUUGCUCCAGGGUGUUGGUCCUUGUGUAGAUUUUGCAUCUAUAAUCUUUCUAUUCUGGCCUUGGUGUUUUUAUUUUUGGGUAAUAAACUACAAAUCUGAAAAAAAAUAUUACGAUACUCUUAAAUGAAUCUAUAGGAAAGAACAUUUCUCAA